UUAUUGUUCGAAUUUCAUGAUCGAACAACAUGUACAGGAUUGCUAUUGCGUUAAUAGUGAUUCUAUGUAAUUUAUGGAACGUAAAAUGUGUGCAAUUUAAUGCAGGGAGAUUUAUUGUUAAUGGUUUCAAUAAACCAAUUGAACCGUCAGAAAGCGAUUUUCCCCAUCAGACCGCGUUACUGGCACAAGUAAAUGGCACCGAGCUAAUAUUUUGCGGUGGCAGCUUAAUACAUCCGAGAUGGGUCUUGACUGCGGCGCAUUGUUUGGAACAAGAUGGCAAACAAUUUCCUACGUCUUUACUUAAAGUUGCUGUGGGAAGUAUAUAUUCUGAUUUGAGAGGUGGACAAAAAUUGGAUGUUAAAGAGACAAUUAUCCAUAAAGCUUAUUUUGAAUCCAGUGCCAGUCAUGAUAUUGGAUUAAUUAAAUUAAAGAGAUUUGUAAAACUAUCUUCAUUGGUGAAUUCCAUUAGGCUACACACAAAUACAAGUGAAAACCUAUUAGGACAAACUGUUUACCUUACAGGACUUGGCUUUAUCAACGAUUUUUCAAGAAAACCAGAAAGACUUAGGAAGGCGAUUUUACACGUCAAUACUCCGGAUAAAUGCUUCAUUGAUCCAACCAAAGACGCAACUCAAUUGUGCUGCACCUCGACUCUAUUUGAGGGUAAAGCUUGCAAGGUAAGAACUAAUCGAGUUGUAAAUGGUUAUGAAUAA